AUGACAGGUAUGCGGGAUGCUGCGCUUCAUCCAAGUGGAGCCGUCUGCGCGUAUUUACGCACGGUGUCACGUCCGAGCUCAUCCAAAAAGCGCUCAAUCCUUCCCGCGUUUUUCCCUCUCCUCGUGUCCGUCAUGGUGCUGGUUCCGGCCUCAGCGCACCCUCAGUGUCUGGACUUCGCGCCACCUUUCAAACCUUUAUGGCACCUGGAGUUCUGCACGCAGUACGAGCAGUUCGGCUGCUGCGACCAGAAGAUGGACAACAUGAUCGCGGAGAGAUACUGGGACAUCAUCGACCAGCUGGACACGAGGGGGGAAGAUCUGUGUGAGGACCUGCUGAAGGAGGUCUUGUGCCAGGAGUGCUCUCCGUACGCCGCCCACCUGUUCGAUGCCGAGGACCCCUACACUCCCGUCAGAGAGUUGCCGGGCCUCUGCUCCGGAUUCUGCUCCGAGUUCCACGGUAAAUGUGGCCACGUGGUGAUAUAUCUAACGGAGAACCGGCUGCUGCAGGACACGUCGCAGCGAGACGCUUCCACCUUCUGCAGCCUGGUGGACCUACAGGACCAGGACUACUGCUACCCCAACGUGCUGCAGAGCUCCAACCUCAACAGCAACCUGGGCCGCGUGGCCGAGGACCCCCGGGGCUGUCUGCAGCUGUGCCUGACGGAGGUGGCCAACAACCUGAGGAACCCGGUGCUGAUGCUGCACAGCGGAGACGGCACGCAUCGCAUGUUCAUCGCAGAGCAGGUGGGCUUCGUGUGGGUCUACCUGCGUGACGGCAGCCGGCUGGAGACGCCCUUCCUGGAUCUGAGCGGGGAGGUGAUGACCACGGGCUGGCUGGGGGACGAGAGGGGCUUCCUGGGCAUGGCUUUCCACCCAAAGUACAGAGAGAACGGACGCUUCUUCAUCUACUACUCCAUCCUGGUGGACAGCAAGCUGGAGGAAGUGAGGGUCAGCGAGAUGAAGGCGUCCGAACACGAUGUGAACGUGGCCGACCCGAACUCAGAGAGGGUCAUUCUGGAGAUCGAGGAGCCGGCUGCGAACCACAACGGAGGCCAGCUGCUGUUCGGACUCGACGGAUAUUUGUACAUCUUCACCGGAGACGGAGGAAAAGCCGGAGAUCCUUUUGGGAAGUUUGGCAACGCACAAAACAAAAGUGCUCUUCUGGGUAAAGUCCUGCGUAUCGAUAUCGAUGUAGACGGUGGUGACCCCGGUGCUCUUCAGUACCGGAUCCCCCCCGAUAACCCGUUCCUCGGAGACCCCUCUUCCCGCCCCGAGGUGUUUGCAUACGGGGUCAGGAACAUGUGGCGCUGCUCCGUGGACCGCGGGGACCCGGGGACUCUGCAGGGCCGCGGGAGGAUGUUCUGCGGAGACGUGGGUCAGAACCGCUACGAGGAGAUCGACAUCAUCGUGAAGGGCGGGAACUACGGAUGGAGAGCCAAGGAGGGCUUCGAGUGCUACGACGUGAAACUGUGCCAGAACUCCUCCUUAAAUGACGUCCUUCCUAUAUUUGCGUACAGCCAUCAUGUUGGGAAGUCUGUGACGGGGGGGUAUGUGUACAGAGGAUGUGAAUCACCCAAUCUGAACGGCCUGUACUUCUUCGGAGACUUUAUGAGUGGUCGCAUCAUGGCGUUGGAGGAAGACAAGACGACGGGCAGCUGGAGGGAGAAGAGUGUUUGUAUGGGAGAAACAAAAACCUGCUCGUUUCCAGGACUCAUCAACCACCACCACAAGUUCAUCAUCUCCUUCGGCGAAGACGAAGCCGGGGAGCUUUAUUUCCUGGCCACAGCGUACCCGAGUGCCACGUCUCCGUAUGGGACCGUUUUCAAAUUUGUGGACCCCUCCAGGAGAGCUCCUCCGGGGAAAUGUAAGCAGAAGCCGCUGCCGGUCAAAGUGAGAGGGAAGAAGAUUCCCUUCGUGCCCCGAGAGCUGACUGUGUUGGACACAAACGAAAAACCAACGAGACCACCACCGAGAAAAUUCAAACUCACCGCCAAACCGACGACAACGCCGAGCCUCGUCACGCCUGCAACGACGACAACAUCGACCACAACAAAGAAGCUGCAGCCAUGGAAGAAAAAUAAGAAGCUGAACCAGCAGCAGAAGAAGAAGACUCUGAAGAAGAUAUCCAAGACGAGCGUCAGAGACAAACAACAACCAAAAGCAACGGAUGAUUUAAAAAGCAACGCUCUAAAAAACACAAACAGCCCGAAGAAUCGCACAAUCCUGCACGAGAAGAACAGCUUGAAGUGGAAGAAAUCACAGAAGUUCACGAACAAAACUCAGACAGACUUGAAUGUGAGAACAAUCAGAACAAUGCAAAAUACACUCAAGGUGAAAAGGAAGCAAGCUAAAAAUGCAAAAGCACUUUAAAAUAUUUAUUCUGUUAUUAUUUUGGGUACAUUUCUAUUUGUUUUAAAGGAAUUGUUUGAGAUUUUUUCAGAAAUGUGCUUCGCUUUUUCCCGAGAGAUAGAUUUAUGGAAGGUUAAAAAGGCCAAACUUUAAUAUAUCAGUACUUGUUAUAAUACACGUUAUAAUAAAUGCUUUAAUAAAGGAA